AUGGGCAGUAUCGGUGAUCAAGUUUACCUACUGGAUCGAGAUGAGGUCGAGACUCAGCGCCUCAAUAAUCAGCAUCGCUUUUUAGUUGAUUUAUCCAAUCUCAUCCACCCUUCCAUACCAAAAGAUCUUACAGCCGUUGCCGACUUGGGUACUGGUACAGGUGUCUGGCUCGAAGAUGUCGCCAAUUUACUUCCCAACAAAUCAGUCUACCUCCAUGGCUUUGACAUCUCAUCGGCACAGUACCCACGAGGCCACGAGAUUCCCCGACCUGACCAAAAGCCAAUCCCACUAAGCGUUCACGACGCCCUUCACCCAUUUCCAACAGAGCAUUGUGGCCGAUACGACCUCGUGCACAUCCGACUUCUGACAGCAGGCCUGCAACAAGGUGAUUAUACACGAGUGCUUGCCAAUGCGCGGGCUUUACUAAAACCAAACGGCUGGAUCCAAUGGGAAGAAGUCGAUCACACGGCUUUCUGCACAGAUGCAGUACCAGAGCCAGCUGCGAUAACUCGGAUGCGGGACUCCGUGGUCGAAGCGAUGCUGAAACUAGGCCUGUGGCCGUUCGCCCCAACGCGUGUGUACGAGGAGGUCUCGGCAAACGGGUUCACCGACGUCGUCCGUGAGACUUACACUACUGUUGGGAAGGAGCAUAUGCGGCCUACCGCACAGAAAUGGGUCGCUAAUGCGAUGCGAGCGCUGGUGCCAGCUUCGAUGGUAGUUACUGGCGAAGCUAAGGAUGCCGAUCAGGCACGUGUGGUUGUUGAGGGAUUGAUUCGUGAGUUUGAGGCUCAUUGUGAGUCUGCGACAGCGCUGAUUAAUUUUGGGGUUACGGUUGGUCGGAGGGUGGAUUAA